GAGCUUAUUUUUAGUGAGCCAUAAGCUUAAAAAGGGCCCUUUUGGGUGGGGGGCGGCACGGUGUCCGUGACUGAAGGGGAACGAGAUCCGGUGUGUCCUCCCGUUUGGAGACCGCACUUCCUUAACCGUUUGCGGGGCCUGUGUUUCUUUACUUUGUGGGGGAGAGUCUGUCUGAGCGAGUGUUUUGCUUUCCACACUCUUCUUUUCACUGCAUUAACUGCUUCCAACUCGGUUCCACAGUCUCAUCUGAGUGGUACAAAAUGCACCCCAUUCUGGCUGUGGGUCUCCAUCUCCGAUCUCGCCGCUGCUUCUAGCGUUUCGCUCCUGUUUUUUCUCAGCCCUAAUACAGUAUGCACGGUUACAGCCGGCUUGGCAUCAGCCGCUCCAAUGGCGGAGUGUCGUCUCCGCCGUCAUCGCCUCGGUUCCGCCAUGGCCGGACCAAGACCGGCGGCGGUGGUGGGUUCGGUGCCGCCGGAGGAGGAGGAGGAGGCGGCGGCCGUGGUCAGAAGCUGCAUAGUUUUGUGGAGCGGGUGAUGUUUGUUUUUGUGUCGGCGGUUUUCCGGCGACGAGGCUUGCUGUUGUUUGCGCCGGUGUUGUACAUUUCGGGAAUGUUGUUGUAUAUGGGAUCUUUGAGCUUCGAUGGUGGCGGCGGGGGCGGCGGCGGUGGUGGAGCUGAGACUCAGCCGCCGGGAUCGGUGUAUAGGAGUCCUGAGGUUUUCGAGAAGUUAUGGGCUUUUAUGGAGGGUGAGAGCAAUAGAAGCCACAAUGCGCUGAUGACUGUGUGGCAUCCAAAACCACAUCAAAGUUGGAAGCCUUGUGUCAACCAGAGAAUUUCUGCAGCAGAGUUACCAAAGUCUAAUGGUUACUUUAUUAUUGAAGCAAAUGGUGGGUUGAACCAACAGCGCUUAUCGAUAUGUGAUGCAGUGGCAGUGGCAGGAUUAUUGAAUGCUACUCUUGUAAUUCCAAUGUUUCAUUUAAAUAGUGUUUGGAGAGACUCCAGCAAAUUUGGGGACAUAUUUGAUGAAGAAUUCUUCAUAUACGCUCUCCGAAACAAUGUGAAUGUGAUCAGAGAGCUCCCAGGAGAUGUCCUUCAGCGUUUUGACAAUAAUAUAAGCAACAUUGUAAAUUUGAGACUAAAAGCUUGGUCAAGUCCAACAUACUAUAUUCAAAAGGUCCUUCCGAAGCUCCUGCAGAAGGGGGCUGUACGUGUUGCACCUUUCUCCAACAGAUUGGCUCAUGCAGUUCCUUCUGAUAGCCAGAGCCUGAGAUGCUUGGCCAACUUUGAAGCACUGAGAUUUUCAGAUCCUAUACGAAUGCUUGCAGAGAACAUGGUUGAUCGGAUGAUUAAGAAUAGCUCAGAAAGUGGGGAAUAUAUUUCAGUGCAUCUUCGGUUUGAAGAGGAUAUGGUUGCAUUUUCCUGCUGUAUGUAUGAUGGCGGUGAGGAAGAGAAACAUGAAAUGGAUGUUGCUCGUGAAAGAGGUUGGAGAGGAAAAUUCAAUAAAAGAGGUAGAAUAAUAAGGCCAGGUGCAAUUCGGAUGGAUGGAAAAUGCCCAUUAACUCCAUUAGAGGUAGGGAUGAUGCUUAGGGGCAUGGGUUUUGAUAAUACUACCUCAGUUUAUGUUGCAGCUGGAAAAAUUUAUAAAGCAGAAAGGUAUAUGGCCCCACUUAGACAGAUGUUUCCACGAUUAGAAACGAAGGAUACACUGGCUUCUCCUGAGGAACUUGCUCCAUUUAAGGGCCACUCCUCUAGGUUGGCUGCUCUUGAUUAUACAGUUUGCCUUCACAGUGAAGUAUUUGUAACUACUCAAGGUGGAAAUUUCCCCCACUUCUUGAUGGGUCAUAGGCGCUACCUAUAUGGAGGCCAUGCAAAGACAAUAAAACCUGAUAAAAGGAAAUUAGCAUUAUUAUUUGAUAGCCCUGAUAUCAGUUGGGACAACUUUAAGAGCCAGAUGCAAGACAUGCUACGCCAUAGUGAUUCGAAGGGAAGCGAAUUGCGAAAGCCCAGCAGCUCGCUUUAUACCUUUCCAAUGCCAGAUUGCAUGUGUAAACAAGCAGAAACAGGAAUUGAUAAUGGUAACACAACAAAACUUGAUUGAAACUCGUAACACAAACAGUCCUUAGGUGGAUGAAAUUUUCCUAUACCUGUAAUUUAUGUUGUAUAAUUUAAUUGAAUUCUGAAGGUAAUUAUCUCCCUUUGAAUUGAGGGGAGAAUUUUUGAGAUUUGAUUCUUUCAACUUCAUUGACUCAGCUAUAGUUGCUAGUUGAUAAUCAAAAUCCAUUGUAUAUGACACAGUAACAGCCCAUAUAAGAUGAAAAUUUUAUUUUGAAUGAGUUUCAC